AUGUCGAACCGUGGACCAGUGUCUAAGGUAAAGAAGGAGGCCGAUAAUCGUGGCGGCCGUCGUGAUGAUCGUCGUGACGAUAGGUACGUUUGAAACUAUUUUUUGUUUUUGGACUUUUAGGUGUUCAUUGUUGAUUUACACUCUUGCAUACAGAAUUUGAAUCUUGUACUAAGUUUUACGGUUGUUUUACCCUGCUUUUCAUGAAGUUAUCAAGGAGUUAUAUUCAGUUUAUGGGUCAUAUUAACUAUGAGGGUUCAAAUAUGAUUGGGUCGUUUUAAUGAAGGAAUUGAAUAACUUUGUUAUUUGUUUAGAGUAAGGGUUGCAUGGUUAGAAAGGGCAUGAAAAUGGAUUUUUAAAAACGUAUUAAAAUGGUCAAUGAGUUUGUCGUUUUUUAGUAUUAUAUUAUAUAAAAUUAAACAUUAAAAGAUAUAGCCAAUGUACAAGAUUAUUUAAAAUAUGGUUUUUAUUGUUUUUUUUGGCAAUAUACAACAAAAAUUAACAGAGAUGUAGCACUUUCUUCCUACUGUAAAUGUAUAAAAGUUUUAAAGCUCUAAGUUGUUGCUGGUAUUUAAUAAUAAAAAGCAACCUUACAUUGAGGUUCGUAUUACCAUUGCAAUUUUUUAAUUUAUGAUUAGUGGUAAAUAUAAUAAGCGUGUACUGGCUAAUGCCACAAUGAUCGUUGUACAGCUUUUUAGCAAUACAGCCUUGUUUCUCGUUUUGGUCUAUUGUUUUAAUGAUCUUUAUAACGAAUUUAAUGUAUCGAUGGUCUGGAACUGGAACAGGCGUAAAAUCCAACCUUAACUUUAAAAACAGUGACGAUGUAUAUAUAUAUUUUUCAAAAUUUUUUAUAUUUUUGAAAUAUUUUUUUAUUUUUUUAAAAAAUUUUUAAAUCACUGUUUUGAAAAAAACUACAUUUGCUAAAACGGUCUAUUUCUACAAAGUUUUCUUUAUAACGAAGCUAUGUUUUUGACUUGGAAAGGAAAGUUUUCUAAAAAUAUCUUGAUGAAGGAUUCUAAGACGGCUUCAAAGAGGAUUCUCAAGAGGUCGGUAUCAGGGGCAUUUGGUGGGGGUAAUAUUUUUAUAGGUUUUCUUUAUGAAACUGAUUUUUCCGAAAAAAAUGUUUACAGAAAGGAGAUUUUAAUUUUUUUGUCUUACCAGACCUAAAUUGCAUGGUCUGUACUAUUCUCAAUUGCUUUUUUCAGCUGUUUUUAAGCAUAAAGUUGAAUUUACAAUAUUUUCUUUACCAGUCGUUAUGCAAGUUUUUAUAAAUAGGUUGUUUUAGGGUUUUAUUAUAUUGAUUUAUAAAGAAGUUUAGUAUGCUUUCGAUAACGUUUUUUGCUUUACAAUAAAUUUUAAGGCUAUAACGAAAGUUUUGUCGUUUUUACGUGAAAAGUUAUGUAGAUUAGCGGCAAUACUUAAACGAUUGACAAAAAUUGACUUUUUUAGAAUUUUUAACUUAUACAGUGAAAUUUCUGUACAACGAACUCUUGUAUAACGAAAAUUUUUUAUAACUUAAAAGUUCAAAUUUAACGUCCCAGCAAUUUGUUAUGUGGGAGCUUUAUCGUAAUCGGCUGAAACUGAACUUUUUUUGAAAUUUUUAUUUUUCUUACUCAAAACGGUGACACUUUUCACCACCCGACCCAACUAUUUUAACCCCGGUUUCAGAAACACGAACAAACCGCGGCCGCGGCCCGACGAUAAGCCGCGCGGCGUCGGCGCGCCCGAUUUUCGUAUGCCCGACAAGAGCGCGCAGAGUUUUACGUUGGAAAUCCCCAAAAAGAAGUUUACCGGUCGGUGUCGGCUGUUCGUCGGCAAUCUGCCGAACGAAAUGAAGGAGGACGAGUUGAAGAAGAUGUUCGUCGAGUUUGGAGAGAUCAACGAGUGCUACUGUAGUGGAAAAGGAUUCGCUUUCUUGAGAUUGGUCAGCAUUUUAAAUAUUGUUUGAUUGGGAGGGGAUGGGGUAGGGAAGAGUUGGGGAGGAGGUAGGAGUGAUUUGUGGUGAAGGAGAGGUAAGGGUGAUUAAGAUUUGGGGGCGGGGAGGGUAGAAUAGAGACGGGGGUGUUUGGAGAAGGGUAAAAGAAAGGUGGAGGUAAUAGUAGAGGUAGCGCUAUUUGAUUUGGAAUUAUAAGCAUUUUUAAGGUCGAAGCUUUUAUUUUAUUUUGUCUUAUGCACAUCAAGUAGAUUUUUUUUUAUUUUUUGAAGGUGGGGCCGAUAUAUAAAGGUAUAUUUUAAAAUUUUAGUUGUUGUCUGCGACGCGCGCCAUAACUUUAGAGUUUUUGUAUUAUAAAAAGAAGGUACUGAUGGAUGAACUUGAUUACAAAACUAAGGAGUUUCGGGAUGGCUUGGACUACUUUGACAGUAUUAACUUGACAGUAUUAUAAGUACGAUGCAGUACAUAACGUUUACACAAUACGUAUACCACUACAGUACAAUACGUAUACCACACAACCAUGGUUAAACUAAGCCAUUUUAAUAUUACGUUACGAGUACAAUAUUCUUGUGUUGAAAGGGGAGUAUAAAGUUCAAUAUGGCAUAUGUAAUUGAAAUUGGUAUAUACAGUUUGAUUUGGCAUAACGUUGUAAAUACUAUACUUGAUUGUAAAGACUGGACUAAGUAUCAGAUGGAGUAUAUAUUGGACUAAAUUGUUGGACUGUUUUAAAGCCUCCUGAAACUCCUAAAAGUUCAAGUUUGUGAAGGUAAAAGUGUACAUUGUACUUAUUUUAAGUUUUUUAUCUGCUGCACGCUUUUUUUAUUGUUUUUUACAUUGACAGUGGAUAUUGUAUUGUAAAUACUGUUUAGGUAAAUGGGAGGGUAUAUUUGCUUCAAAAAAGGUUUGCUCAAAGUUCACUAUGAGGUGUUGAACAAAGUCUGACUAAGAAUCGAACAUGGGUCCGACGGGAGUGUCCAAAAAUUUCAAACUAGUUGAAAAACUUUCAUUAUUUUGUCAAGAGGUAGUACUUGGACAUAGAAAUGCAAAUUAUAAAACAUUUUUAUAAACUUCGGUUACUGUAUUUAUAUGGUAGGAUUUACAACAAGACUGUAAAUUCUAUCGCAACCUUACAGUAACCCAAAUUUAUACAAAAUUUUUAGUUUUGAAUUUUUAUGUCUAAUUGUAAGUACUCUUGACAAAAAAAUGAAAGUUUUUCGACUAGUUUGAAAUUUUUGAACGCCCCCGUCUGACCCAUGUUCGAUUCUUGGUCGGACGUUGUUUUAAAAAGGGUUUUACUAGUUAGUUCUGAAUUACAAGUCGAUAUACGACUUUUUAGCAUGUAGUUGGUCAUUUUUCAAAUUCACUUACUUUACGACUAGAUUUAUCAUUCAGUCUACGUUAUCUAUUUAUUCAGCAACAUUAUUUUUAUCGGCUACUUGUGGAAGUAUAUUUUUUGGAUUUUUACUUUUUGACCUAGUGGACUUGACUUUGCCUAUUUACCUUUAUCAAAAACAAUACAAAAUGAUUAACAUACACUAUUUCAGGACACUCGAGCUCACGCCGAAGCCGCCAAAGAGACUUUGGAUGGUAAAACCAUAAAAGGUCGUCAACUUCGUGUCAGAUUCGCUGUUCACGGUGCCGCAUUGAGAGUGAAGGAACUGUCAGCAUGCGUAUCCAACGAGAUGCUGUACCACACGUUCUCAGUGUUUGGCGAAGUCGAAAGAGCGAUUCAUAUUGUAGAUGAGCGUGGCAAACCUACAGGAGAAGGUAUCAUUGAAUUCGAGAGAAAAUCUUCGGCUCAAGAGGCUUUGAAGAACAUUGAGGACAGAGUUUUCAUCAUGUCUGCGUAGGUUUUUGCGUUUUUAUUGUGUUUGGUGUCUAGGUGAAGGUAAUGAAGGAUAGUGACUUUCAUUUUUAAAAAGCUCAGUGCCAUGGUCUGGACACUAAAUUUUUGAAAAAAGAGCCAUAAGUGAUGUUGUUAUAGACAAUAUCGACAUUUUUUUAAACUUUCUGGUUACUUAAAAGUUUAAAUUUAAAAAAGAUGAAUAUAUUAUGAAAGCCUAGCUUAACAUAUAUGUUCUGGUCAAUUUUUAAAAGGUAUGGAUAAGUAAUGAUGUUGUUAUAGACAAUCGCACCCAUUGAGAGCCGAAAUGCUUGAACCAAAAGAUGAUGAAGAUGGACUGGCUGAAAGAAUGAUCCAAAGAACUCCCCAGACUUUAAAGUAAGUUAAAAAUGAAGUUUUGUUACCUAAAAUACUGAAAAUUACCUUUUUGUUAUCUAUAAUAUCAAAAAUGAUGUGUUUAUUACCUAAGCUAUUAAAAAAAAAGUGUUUUGCUACCUAAAGUAUCGAAAAAAUGGUUAUCCUCCUAAUUUUCAGAGAACGAGAAGUAGCUCCUCACUUUGCCGACUUAAAAUCAUUCGAAUUCGUCUACGGCCAACGCUGGAAAGACCUCUACAAGCACGAAAGCGAACGUCGAGCCCAACUCGAAGAAGAGCUUGUAGCCAAACGUCGUCAACUCGAAGCUGACCUAGAAAUCGAGUACGAAGACUAUCGUGCUCAGAUGAUCCGCGAAGACUUGGAACGCCAGAAACGCGAACUGGAACGACUGGAACAUUUGAAGAGGGAACGAUCUCGAGGUGUUCCACCUCCAAUGGCACCAAGAUAUCCGGGCAAUGAUGGCCCACUUGGCCGACCACCACCAACCUACGGUCGUGAUCCGGGCCGUGAUCACAGAGGUCCGGACUUGGAUGUGAACAAGAUCCUGAACAGCUUCAGAGGCCCGGUACCAGACAUGGGACCCCCACAAAUGGGCAUGGACCCACAUGCUAUUGGUGUACAUAGAAGUCUUCAGAAGGUAAGUGUUUUGCUUGAUUUUUGGUUUUUAGGUAACAAGGAGUAAUUUUUUUACGUUUUGUUGCUAGAUGAAGCUUCUUCAGCCUGAGAUUGACAUUUUAUACGAAAGAAAACAAAAAAUGCUUUGUAAAGAAAGUUUUCUUCAUUUUACGUUUUGUAAACAAAGUUCUUGCGAUUUUUUGUUUUGUAAAGAAAGUUGUUGCCAUUUCUUAGUUUACAACAAACUUUUUUCAGAGUCUAGGCCUAGCCGAUGGUCCAGGCCCCAUGGGACCCCCACCAAUGGGCCCACCUCAAGGCUACGGAGCUCCACCAGGCGGCUUCUUCAACGGCUUCGCGCCAGGAAUGGCACCACCAGGCCCAGUACCACUUCACGCAAUGGGCGGACCACACGACUAUCGGCCAGACCUGAAAAGAGCACGUCGUUAA